AUGUCUGUAAAACAUGAAUCCGUGGAAGAAUCAAGACUAAUAUGGAGCGGUGUUAGAUCUCACUUGGGACAGGUACUGGAAUCUACUAUAAAAUCCGCCGAUGGGGGCGGUGAAUCGCUUUAUCAACAUAUCCAAACUAGAAAUGUUAGCUUACAAAUCGAUACCAUUCUGUCGGAGAUCGCAGGAUUUAAAGGACCGAUGACGUUUGACUACAGAAAAUCGUUGCUUUUUUGGGCCGACACAGUCGGCAAGAAGAUUUUCAAAAUGGCGCUUUUGUCUGGUGACGUCAUCGAAAUCUAUGAUGGUACAUCCAAUGACGUGAGCGGGAUCGCCGCUGAUUGGGUAUCAGGAAACAUCUACUGGUGCGACGCGGCAUAUGAUUGGAUAAUGAUAUCUGAUUAUGGCGGCAAUUACCAUAGGACGGUUCAAUCAACUGGACUGGAUGAGCCUGGUGACAUAGUCGUGGACCCAGCCAGAGGGAAAUUAUAUUGGAGUGACUGGGAGAAAAAUCCGAGGAUAGAAUAUUCUAAUUUGAUGGGCGGUGAAAGAAGUAUUUUUGUUGGCGGCUACGACGAUUUCGGCAGUCCUCACGGUCUUGCGAUCGAUUACGUCGAAAACAGACUAUAUUGGUCAGAUGUGGCUCAUGAAGCUAUAUUUAAUAUUGACCUUGACGAUCCCGGACCCAAUCGUGAUAUCAUAAUUGUACUUCAAAGCAGCACACUAUUAUUUUAUCCGUUUCACAUUGACCUGGAUUCGAAUUCCACGGUGAUGAUUGGUAACGUAACAAAAAUACUGGAACCGAUCUCGUUCUCUACAGGAUUCUCGGCUCCCAUAGGGGUGGUGUUCUAUAGCAUAACGAGACAACCAUCUCACAACAGUUCGUGUCUUUAUGACAACGGGGGAUGUGAUCACCUGUGCAUAACAGAUCCCAUAGAAACUGCCUGUCAGUGUAACCAUGGACACGCACUAGGGGAUGAUGGUGUAUCAUGCAAUGAAGACAAUCACCUCACACCGGGAGACUAUAUCCUUCUUGCUGACUCCUCCGAUAUAAGUGUUAUGCCUGUUAACGUCGGCGAUAUCAACGACCUCAGCGUUUCCAUGCUGCCCAUAGCUCAUCUGUAUGUGACGUCAAUGGAUUACGAUCACAACCAAGAUAUGUUGUAUGUUUAUCACCCUGGCAACAGGGGCAUCUGGCGAACGGUUCUCAGAGACGACGAACAUUUUGAAAAUGUCCACCAGAAUGUCGGAGAUGUUGGAGGUAUUGCGAUCGAUUGGUUGGCGUCUAACCUGUAUUGGACUGAUGUAGAUCACUCGGUGAUAAUGAUUUCAAAGUUAGAUGGAAUGUUUGCAAUUACUCUGGUGUCUACGGACAUUCACAAACCACGCGCGAUUGUCGUGCACCCCCACCAGCGGUAUUUGAUUUGGUCUGAUAUAGGCAUGUUCCCGAAGAUUGAACGAACCUCGCUUUCUGGAAAAGAACGAAUGUCUCUGGUGGACUUUAAUAUUCUACGACCGGUGGCCAUGGCACUGGACUACAGUAAUGACAUACUCUUCUGGGCGGAUGAAACCCGCGGAACAAUCGAAUCCAUUACGAUUACAGGCAGCGCUCGCACUGUGAUUGACUCGAGUAACUCAGUCAGAACGAUUGGCGGUCUAGCAGUGUUCCAGGAUAUUCUAAUCUGGACAGAGACAGAUAACCUUGCCUUGGAAAUAAUAGAUUUUGAUUCGGGACAACACAAACAAAGAAUUACAACGCCUGACCCCCCUGGACCAAUCACGGUGUUUGCAAAUAGUCGUCAACAGACGGCCGCAGAUGAACGAUGCCAAUUAACAUUUCCUCAUGGCCGGAUGGAAGAAGCAUGCGAUAAUUCGCUUGGAGGGGUAUGUAGAUUCGUAUGCGAGAAUGAAUUCUACGCUGCACAUUCCGGAACAGUCACGUGCCUAACUGAUGCACAAUGGGAUAUGGACGUCGAUGAUCUGUGUGUAUUUGAUAUUGCGCUUGACGACUUUUUGUUGAUUGUCGCGAAAGAUGGUAUUCACUAUAUCGAUCUAACAUCACCCGAGCACGACGUGCUGCCUCUACGCGAUGUACAAUAUCCACUAGGUGUGGAGUUCGACAGCCAUACUGACACGCUGUAUUGGACUGAUAUAUCGCUACGUGCGAUAGCAAAGACACGCCUUGACGGCAGUCAGUCUGAAAUAAUAAUAGACCAAGAUAUAAUGUAUCCUGAUGGCAUCGCAAUUGACACUGAAAACGAGAUGUUAUACUGGGCUGAUUCCGAAGUAGAUCGAAUAGAAUCAGCCAGCUAUGAUGGCAGUAACAGACGACCUCUCGUGGUGUACGAUAUGGAUGAACCGAGAGCGUUGAUACUCCACCAAACACAGCAAGUCCUGUAUUGGAGCGACUGGGGAAAAGAUCCUAGAAUCGAAGCUUGUCACGUUGACGGUACUAACAGAAGAAUCAUAGUCCAAGACGAUUUAGGAAUGCCACUCGGGCUGGCAUUUGAUACAUUAGAGGAGAAAUUAUACUGGUGCGAUAGCUCACGUCACGUGAUCGAAUCAUGCAACUUGGAUGGCAGCGGAAGACAAGCUGUUUUCGACAUCGCUGCUGAUUCUAGUUGUUACGGUUUAGUGGUGACUGAUACCUAUGUUUACUGGACUGAUUUUAUCAGUGGUGCCGUUCAUGAAAUCAACCGACAUACCCACGAAGAUAGUAACCUAGUAAUGGAAGGAUUCCACAUGGAUUCUCCGAAAGAUGUUAAAAGAUACACACAACUUAGUAUACUAACCACGAUGUCGGCUGAACCCACCACUGACGUCACUGCUUCUAAUAAUACAUACUUGAAUAUUUCCGGGGAUAUUAGAAGAUUUACAUAUCCAUCAAACUCCCAGUCGAUGACCAUUAUUGGCGUUGUGGUUGGUAUUGUCGCCCUCAUUCUCGUCGUCGGUGGCGUAGUUUUGAUAUUCAUUUCAUUCAGGAAACAGAGCGUGCUGUUAAAGAAUUGUUUUGGUAACAAUGUAACGGAAACAGAACUGGAACUUGAAGUUCCAAAGCCAAUUUACAACGAAGUUGAAUUCGAGAUAAAUCGGAAUGGUGCAACGAGAAACCCCAUUUACAGUGAAAAUGGUAGUAUGUCGGAUCCACCAGAUCACGUGCUUAUUCCUGUUGACUCACGGGAUAUUCAAAUAGUACAAACCCAUAUUUAG